CUCGCGCUUCCCCUCGGUCUGUGCCUCUGUGUGUGUGUGUGUGAGUGAGUGUGUGUGUGUGUGACAGGGAGAGACAGAGAGAGAGAGAGAGAGAGCGCGAGAGGAGAGCGAGCGAGCGAGAGAGCGAGCUGUGCGGCCGCCGCCCGCCACUGCCCUUUGAUCCCGACAUUAGUGUUAGGGGCUCGCAGACACACAGCGCGGCCAUAGACACCGCCGCACCGGCUCUCAUUUAUUUAUACCUCCCAACACACACACACACGCGCGCGAGAGCACAGGACACACACACACACACACUCACACUCACACCUAUUAGAUCCGUUUCCAUUGAAGAAUAUUACGCUCGGGGGACAAGCCAGGUGCACGACCAAAAAAAAAAAAAAAUUUUUUUUUUUUAAAAAAGGGGGGGGGUGGAAGAAAGGAAAGAAAAGAAGAAAACCCCCCUGUUCUGGCUCCAGGAAACAAGCUUCAACCCAUUGCACACACCGGAGAGAAGGGGUUCCCCCCCCUCUCUGCUCGCCCCCCCCCCCUCCUCAACUACCUCCCGGGCUCCUGCCAGUGUCUGCCUCUCUGCCCCCACGGGGGUUUAUUUGAUCUCACAUUAACCAAGGAGGAGAAUGUGAGAAAAAGAGGAAAAUGCCCAGGAGGAAGCAGGAGCAGCCCAAGCGCCUUCCCUCACAUGUUAGCAGGCAGGACGAGGCGGAGGCCGAGCUCAGCGAGGGAGAGCACUGGUAUGGGAACUCGUCGGAGACCCCUUCGGAAGCAUCUUAUGGAGAGGUGCCGGAGAACUGCAAGCUGUCCCUGGAGGAGCGCAUCCGGGAACCGUCCACGUCCCCGGACACGUCGCUGGGCAGCGCCACGCCCAGCAGCCACACGCUGGAGCUGGUGGCGCUCGACGGCGACGUCCUGCUGCGCGCAGACUCCCUGCCGGGCCCCGAGCACCUGUCCCCGGGCGUGUCGUCGCUGGGGGACGAGGAGCCGCCGGGCUCCGCCAAGCCGCUGAGCAGCAACCUGCGGCGCCUGCUGGAGGCCGGCUCCCUGCAGCUGGACGCGGCGGCGGCGGCCAACGGCAGGGUGGAGUCGCCGGCCGCGGCGGGCCUGGCCUUCGCUCCGCCCGCCGCGCACCACGCGCAGCAGCUCAGCGUGCUGGCCCGCAAGCUGGCCGAGAAGAAGGAGCCGCACGGCGGCGGCGGCGACCCGCAGUACCCCGCGGCGGCGGGCGGCCGGUUCCUGUGGCAUCAAGGUAAGUGGCUGCCGGCCUCGGCCUCGGCGGCCGCCUGCGGCCUGUCGCCGGACUCGGCCAUCCUGAAGCUGAAGGCCGCGGCCAACGCCGUGCUGCACGACCAGUCGCUGGCCAGGACCGAGGACGCCCUGCGCUUCGACGCGCCCUUCUCGCCGGCGGCGGCGGCGGCGUCCGCGUCGGCCUCGCCGUUCAGCUCGCAGUCGGCCAGCUCCACGCUGGCCGCGCUGUCCAAGAAGGUGAGCGAGAGGAGCCUGGCCGCCGCCCCCGAGCACCCUCACCCGCCGCCCGCGCCGGCCGCCGCCUUCCUCUCGCUGGCCUCCAUGACCUCGUCGGCCGCGCUCCUCAAAGAGGUGGCCGCCAGGGCCGCGGGCAGCCUGCUGGCCGAGAAGUCGUCGUCGUCGUCCUCGUCGUCGUCGUCGUCCUCGUCGUCCUCGUCGUCGUCGUCCUCGUCGUCCUCGUCGUCGUCCUCGUCGUCGCUGCUGCCCGAGGACACGCUGCCCACGACGCCUUCCGAGAAGAAGCCCGAGAAAGUGACGCCGCCGCCGCCUCCACCGCCACCGCCGCCGCCGUCCUUGGAAUUACUGCUACUUCCGGUCCCCAAGGGAAGAGUCUCCAAACCCGCCAGCGCAGCCUCAGAAGAAGAAAGUGGAAAGCCUUUCCAAUGCCCAAUAUGUGGUUUGGUUAUAAAAAGGAAGAGUUACUGGAAGCGGCACAUGGUGAUCCACACAGGUUUAAAAAGUCAUCAGUGUCCGCUCUGUCCAUUCCGCUGUGCUCGCAAGGACAAUCUCAAAUCUCACAUGAAGGUUCAUCAGCAUCAGGACCGGGGAGAGACCUUUCAGUGCCAGCUGUGCCCUUUCACGUCCUCACGCCACUUCAGCCUGAAACUGCACAUGCGUUGCCAUCAGCACUUCCUGAGGACAGAGGCCAAGGUGAAGGAGGAGAUCCUAGACCCAGAUGUCAAGGGAUCUCCCCACCUCAGUGACAGUGGCUGCCUGGGGCAACAAAGGGAAGGAGGAGGAGGGACGGAGCUAGUGGGGACCGUGAUGACGUCUAACACUCCAGAAAGGACUAGCCUGGGUGGGGCUGGCGUCGCACCUUUGCUGGUGAAGGAGGAACCCAAGGAAGAUAACGGCUUGCCUACCUCCUUUACCCUGAAUGCUGUCGACAGGCCCGCCAACCACACAAAGCUGAAAGAGCCCUCCGAGUACGUGCCCAACAGUGCGGCCGUGUUGUUCAGCCAGGACAUCUCGGUUAAGAUGGCAUCCGAUUUUCUCAUGAAGCUGUCAGCUGCAAACCAGAAGGAGCCCAUGAAUCUUAAUUUUAAAGUGAAAGACGAGCCCAAGGAAGAAGGAACUCUGAGCACGCCCUUGCCUCGGCCCAGCUACGUGUUCAGCCCGGAGCCCGAAGUAGGGACCCCUGGCAUCUCUGAGGACACUCUUAAACCUCAAGAAGGGAAAGGGAAUGUGCUAAGGCGAGACAUGUCAGUCAAAGCCGCCUCUGAACUUCUCAUGAAACUCUCAGCGGAAAGCUACAAGGACAUGCAGCUGGUGAAGGUCAAAGAGGAGCCCAUGGAAGUGGACCUCCAGGACUCGCAGGUCUCCGUCUCCCCCAACCGGAACAGUGGCUACAGCACUUUAAUGGGGAGAGAGAAAACCGAACCCUUGCAGAAGCUGCCGGAAGGACGGGUCCCCCCAGAGAGAAACCUCUUCAGUCAGGACAUCUCUGUGAAGAUGGCUUCUGAGCUGCUCUUUCAGCUUUCGGAAAAAGUGAGCAAGGAGCACAAUCAUACGAAAGAAAACGCCAUCCGGACGACCACCAGCCCUUUCUUUUCAGAAGACACAUUUAGACAAUCACCAUUCACCUCCAAUUCAAAAGAUCUGCUGCCCAGCGAAUCUUUGCUGCACGGAAGACUAUCGGCUCCAGAAACAGAGAAGAUAGUCCUCGAGGCAGGAAAUGGUUUGCCAUCCUGGAAGUUCAAUGACCAGCUUUUUCCCUGCGAUGUGUGCGGGAAAGUGUUUGGCCGACAGCAGACGUUGUCCCGACACCUCUCUCUGCACACAGAGGAGAGAAAAUACAAAUGCCACUUGUGCCCCUACGCUGCUAAGUGCCGCGCAAACCUAAACCAGCACCUGACCGUGCAUUCUGUGAAGCUGGUGAGCACAGACACCGAGGACAUUGUCAGCGCUGUCACCUCUGAAGGCAGUGACGGGAAGAAGCACCCGUAUUACUACAGCUGCCACGUGUGCGGAUUUGAGACGGAGCUCAACGUCCAGUUUGUCAGCCACAUGUCUCUCCACGUGGACAAGGAGCAGUGGAUGUUCUCCAUCUGCUGCACUGCCUGUGACUUUGUCACCAUGGAAGAAGCAGAGAUUAAGAAUCACAUCGGCACCAAGCACACAGGGGAAGACAGGAAGACCCCCAGUGAAUCCAACAGCCCCUCUUCAUCCUCCCUCUCAGCUCUGAGUGAUUCAGCCAACAGCAAAGAUGACUCCGAUGGCUCCCAGAAAAACAAAGGUGGGAACAACCUGCUGGUCAUCUCUGUCGUGCCCGGGAGCCAGGCCUCACUGAACAGUGAGGAAAAGCCAGAAAAAGGCUUAGAAUGCGUGUUUUGCAACUUUGUCUGCAAGACGAAGAACAUGUUUGAGCGCCACCUGCAGAUUCACCUCAUCACCCGGAUGUUUGAGUGUGACGUGUGCCACAAGUUCAUGAAGACCCCUGAACAGCUGCUGGAGCAUAAGAAAUGCCACACUGUCCCCACCGGUGGGCUCAAGACAGUGAUGAGUUUCACACUCCUCUAGGUGCCCAUUCUGCAUUUAUUCCACCAACCGUCCCGCUGCCAUGGAGUGCCACCUCAAGACCCACUACAAGAUGGAGUACAAGUGCCGGAUCUGCCAGGCAGUGAAAGCCAACCAACUGGAGCUGGAGACGCACAC